UAUAAACCUGCUAUUGAUUCCAUUUAGAUUAUAAAUGUUGAAGAAAACAAAACUACCAAAGAAAGAAUAACAUUGAGUGGACAAAAAAUAUUGUUCUUUCUUCAUAAAAUCGAAUAUGCCGGAUCCUAGAGAAAACUGGACGUACGUGGAGACGUAUAUCACUCACGGUGAUGAGAGGGUGCGAGACUGGCCGCUCAUGGACAGCCCCGUUCCGGUCCUGACCGUAUUUGUCCUCUAUCUGAUGAUGGUCAAACAGGGACCCAAGAUGAUGGAGCAAAGGACGCCAUUCCAGGUGCAGGGUGCCAUGGUUCUGUAUAAUCUAGCUGUGAUGGUGCUGUCCAUUUAUAUAACGUUUGAGAUGCUGAUCUCCGCUGUACAAUCUUCCUAUAGUCUGAAGUGUCAGCCGGUUGAUUACUCGGAAGAUCCUCGGGCUUUGAGGAUGCUGAAUGCUUGGUAUUGGUAUUUAAUAACUAAACUGAUUGAACUGUUGGAUACGUUUUUCUUCAUUGUUCGGAAGAAAGAAAGACAGAUCACCUUUCUACACGUCUACCACCAUGCUAUAAUGUUACUCCACACUUGGUGGUUUGUGAAGUUUGUCCCCGGGGGUCAAACGUUUGUACUGGGGUUCCUGAAUUCCUUUGUCCACAUUUGGAUGUACGCUUAUUACGGACUGGCGGCUAUGGGCCCUCACAUGCAGAAAUAUCUAUGGUGGAAGAAAUAUCUCACCAAGCUACAACUGGUACAGUUUGUGCUGAUUUGUUCCCACGCCCUCUAUAACGUCUGCUUUGGAGACUGUGGCUUCCCGCGCUUAUUUUCCUUAUCCAGCGUCAUCCAGUCCGCCAUAUUUUUCAGUCUAUUUACUAAUUUCUAUUUACAAACUUACGAAAAGCCAAAAAGACAAUAACUCGAGAGACAAAUAAAACUAAUUUUAUAAACAAAUAGAAAUUAAUUAUAUGCAUUGUGAUUAUGCUCUCGUUCCAUUGUUUUAGAGUAUCUUUGAGGAAACUGAGAAUAGUUUGAUAAAGUGUACAUGUGUAUAUCGAUCAUUUACGCAAUGAAAUACUUUCUUUGAUGGUUCAUAUAUAGAAAAAGGAAGUGAUCAUGGCAGAAUUAACAUUUUUAAGGAUGUGGGUUGGAUGAUACUCGAUACCUUUAAAGCUUAAUUAACCUCCAUAGAAAAAGAAUUUGGUGUUUAUAUAUAAAUCUUUCUCGAUCUGAAUCUCUCUUCUCUUAUCCAUAGAGUGUCAACAAAAUUACGUACAUAAUUGUCGUUUUUGUCGAUCUGUGUGUUGCACCCAAGUAUAAAGGUAGACCUAAUUGAGACACCGCUUAACAUUAUCUACAUUAUUACUGCAGUACGUGUGUUCGAUAUAAUUAAAGUUCAAAGGAUGCGUAUAUUCAUACGCGGACAAAUUCAUUACUUGUAUAUUAAUUGGCAAUAUUGUUAUUUAUUGUUUUUAACUCUGUAAGUAUGAAAUACUAGUCGAUAAUAUUAGGUUUUUGUCAACCAGCCUUUUUAUAAAGAAAAGAAAAUUGUUAGCGAUUUUUUUCGGACAGUUUGAA